AUGGCCUACAAUAGAGCUUACGACCCCGACUCCCUCCCCAGGUUUGCCGAGCCAGACGAAAAGCCUGGCCAGGCCCCUCAGCCCCGACCUCCUCAGCAGCAAUACCGCCCGCAGCCGGCCCCUCCCCAACAGCACCGUCCGCAGCCACCACCGCCGCAGCAGCAACAGCAAACCUAUCACCAGCAGCCGCCGCCGCCUCAGCAGCAAACCUAUCACCAGCAGCCGCCGCCCCAGCAGCAGCGCUUCAACCAGAACCCGCCGCCGCCGCUGAAAGACCAGUACGCGCGGCCGCAAGACAAGUACGGGCGGCCGUCGCCCACGCACUCCCAGUCCCAGAACCUGCGCCAGCAAACACCCAACUAUGGCCACUCGCCGCCCGCGAACGCCACGGCCCACCGGCCGCCCCCGCCAGCCAGUCGACCAUCGCCGACAUCGAUACCGCCACCCUCGCCCGCGCCCGGCGCCGAUUCUGGCGUCGACCCGACGCUUCUGCCGCUCUUUCGCGCCGUAGACAAAGCCGGCACCGGCCACCUCACGGAAAAGGAACUUUCCGCCGCUCUCGUCAACGGCGACUGGACGGCCUUUGACAUUCAGACGGUCCGCAUGAUGAUUCGCAUGUUUGACGCGGACCGCAGCGGCAGCAUCGGCUACGAAGAGUUUUGCGGCCUCUGGUCCUUUCUCGGCUCCUGGCGCACCCUCUUUGACCGCUUCGACGUGGACCACUCGGGCAACAUCUCCCUCGCCGAGUUUACCGAUGCCCUGGUCGCGUUCCGCUACCGCCUCUCGCCCGCGUUUGUCGAGCUCCUCUUUCGCACCUACGACAAGCGAAACGAGGGCGUCAUGAGCUUUGACCUGUUUGUGCAGGCCUGCAUCUCGCUCAAGCGCAUGACGGACGUGUUUAAAAAGUAUGACGAUGACCGGGAUGGCUACAUUACGCUCAGCUUUGAAGAUUUUUUGAGUGAAAUUUUGAAGCAGAUGAAGUAA